UGGCCCUUCCCUUUUCGGCGGCCUGAGUUGCGACAGCGCCUGUGGUCUCUCGCCUCGCAGCCCCUUUCCCCGCACACUCGCCGCUACCAAGCACCACCACCACCGCCAUGGCAGACCAGGCCCUCUCCUUCGCCAAGGACUUCCUGGCAGGCGGCGUGGCGGCAGCCAUCAGCAAGACGGCCGUGGCGCCCAUCGAGCGGGUCAAGCUGCUGCUUCAGGUACAACAUGCAAGUCAACAGAUUGCUGCUGAUAAGCAGUACAAAGGAAUCAUUGAUUGUGUUGUCCGCAUUCCUAAAGAGCAAGGAAUGCUGUCCUUUUGGCGUGGGAAUUUUGCCAAUGUCAUCAGAUAUUUCCCAACUCAGGCGCUCAACUUUGCCUUCAAGGAUAAGUAUAAGCAAGUAUUCUUAGGCGGAGUAGACAAGCACACACAGUUCUGGAGAUAUUUUGCUGGUAACCUGGCCUCUGGUGGUGCAGCUGGAGCAACCUCCCUCUGCUUUGUCUAUCCUUUGGAUUUUGCAAGAACCCGACUGGCUGCUGAUGUUGGAAAAGCUGGCGCUGAAAGAGAAUUCAAAGGCCUGGGGGACUGCCUAGUCAAAAUCUUCAGGUCUGAUGGUCUGCGGGGCUUAUAUCAAGGGUUCAAUGUCUCUGUCCAGGGAAUAAUCAUCUAUAGAGCUGCCUACUUUGGGAUCUAUGACACAGCAAAAGGUAUGCUCCCAGAUCCUAGAAACACUCACAUUUUUAUAAGCUGGAUGAUUGCACAAUCAGUGACUGCAGUAGCUGGUGUGGUUUCCUAUCCAUUUGAUACAGUGCGACGUCGAAUGAUGAUGCAGUCUGGACGUAAAGCAGCUGACAUCAUGUACUCUGGAACAAUUGACUGUUGGAAAAAGAUUGCCAAAGAUGAAGGUGGAAAGGCUUUCUUCAAGGGUGCAUGGUCUAAUGUUCUUCGAGGCAUGGGUGGUGCUUUUGUGCUUGUGUUGUAUGAUGAGUUCAAGAAAGUCAUCUAAAAAUACCCUUACUAGAAUUGUAAGUUAAAUUGACAGAUCAUGUAGAAUAACUUGCCAUUAUGGACCAUUGAUCUUUGAAAAAUUCCUGUGUGGAGUCUUAUUUAUCGGGGCCAGAUUGUGUUUAAGUAGGGCUAGAAACUGCCUUCAGUGAACUGAUAACACUUUGAGAUACCAUUAUUCCGGCAUUGAAACAGACAACUCAGCUUACUGAGUUUGUCUAUUUUUGGUGAUAAUCGUAGUGCUAGCAGUUCUGGGUCCAAGGCAGCUGAACUUCACUGAAGAGCAGCCUGAAGUUUCAAGUCCUAUCUUAGAGGACCAUAAAAUCAUGUUUUGAGAAGUAUUCAUUUAACAAAUCAUGUUUUUCCACUUGUACUUAAGCACUAUGUACUGUUUGCACAGCUGAACAUCUAGCAUUUGUGUUCUCAGAAUUGAGGCAUUCUGUGAAAUAAUAAACAAAAUUAACUCUGA